AUGGGCAGCUGGGCCGCGGCAACAUGGCGGCUCGCUGGCUGCAGCGGGCGCGGCGUCCUGCACGGCGCAGCGCGGCGGCGGGGCAGCUCGCUCCGAGGCGGUGGGGAACGGGCGGCGAGCCUGAGCGAGUUGCUGCAGAGCUCGGUGGGGGACGGGGAGCCGGGCGAGGAGGGGGAGGCGGCGGAGGCGAGGCGGGAGGGGCGGUCUCCGCGGGAGGGCACGGUGCUGCUGUUCCCCGGGCAGGGCAGCCAGUUCGUGGGGAUGGGCCGCGGGCUGCUGCGCUACCCCGGCGUGCGGGAUAUGUACCGCCUGGCCGAGAAGGUGCUGGGCUACGACCUGCUUUCGCUCUGCCUGGAGGGGCCGCAGGCCGAGCUGGACCGCACCCGGCACUGCCAGCCCGCCGUGUUCGUCGCCUCCCUGGCCGCCGUAGAGAAGCUCAACCACCUGCAGCCUAAGGUUGUGGAGAGCUGCGUGGCCGCCGCCGGGUACAGCGUGGGCGAGUUCGCGGCGCUGGUGUUCGCCGGAGCCAUGGACUUUGCGGAAGCACUCUAUGCUGUGAAGGUACGUGCUGAGGCCAUGCAGGCGGCGGCGGAGGCCGUCCCCAGUGGAAUGCUGUCAGUCAUCGGCAGACGAGAGGUCAACUACAAAUACGCUUGCCUGGAAGCCCGUAGGCACUGUGAGUCGCUGGGCAUUGAAAACCCCGUGUGCGAGGUCUCCAACUACCUGUUCCCAGAUAGCAGAGUCAUCGCAGGCCACAUACAGGCUUUGGAGUUUUUGCAGAAGAACGCCCCAAAAUUCAACUUCACACGUACCAAAAUACUUCCGGUCAGUGGUGCCUUCCACACACAACUCAUGGAACCAGCAGUAGAGCCGCUGGCUGAAGUCCUGAAGUCCAUCGAAAUACAAAAACCACUGAUUUGUGUCUAUUCCAACGUGGAUGGCAAAAAGUACAUGCACUCAAAGCACAUCCAGAAACUGCUGUUGAAGCAGCUCGUCUCACCCGUGCUGUGGGAGCAGACUAUGCAUUCUGUGUACCAGAGGAAGCAGGGAAUGGAAUUUCCAUACACUUACGAGGUGGGUCCUGGGAAACAGCUGGGAGCGGUUCUCCGAAAGUGCAAUCUGAAAGCCUGGAGGCAGUACAGCCAUGUGGACGUCACAGAGGAGGAGGAAGCAGCAGAGACAUAAACAGCUUUUUGAGAAGAAUCGACGCGACUUGUGCUUUCCACAGUGUACAAAUAAUGUCAGGCUCCUGAAAGGGGAAGUGUGAAACACUGAUGGCUCUUUGCAGUGAGAGGAGCAUCAUGCGUCACCACAGGAAAUGUUCUUCUCCACCGUGUGCCUUGGGUGUGGAGCGGGAGCUCAGCUCUCUCACCUGCACCUGGACUGUAGAGUUGUCAAUAAAUGCACCAAACAGCUUCCUCCUUGGCCUGCAUCCUGCAA